CUCAUAAACGCAUGCGCCUAGCUCUAUGUGGGGACUUUCGAGAGGCGAUGGUGAAUAGCAGCGAGGGAGCUAUUAUAAAUACCUGGUAGGGAAUAACUGUCAACGGUCUUUGCACAGUAGAUGCAGAGGACUUACUGUAUUAUAGACCAAGAAUGAGCGACAAUCGAAGUAAAGAGUUCAACCUAAAGAAUAUCGUAAGAGCCAUCCCAGAGGUCACCAGCUGGCAGGUCCUGGGACUAAACCUCGACGUCCCUCGUCACAAACUGGAGGAGAUUCAACUCUGCUGGCCACGCAGCAUCACACACUGCAAGAUAGAGGUGAUAUCUCACUGGUUGGACAACGAUCUGGAGGCUUCGUGGAAGAAACUUGCCGAUGCUCUCGAUGAGGAAUAUCACUCUCUCGCUGCCCGCAUUCGGAGAACCUAUGUUCCGUCAUGUUCUAAGGAGGGGAAAGAGGCUGCAAAAUACAGGACACCUUCGCCACUAGCAGCGCUCCACUCUAGGACUAAUCCUUUCACCUUUACACAUCUACAACCUCCUGUUGUUAGGCAACCAUCUGGUCAGCAAAUACCUCGCGACAAUGAGAUGGGACAAAAGAGGCAACAAUUUCAGAUGGACAGCAGUAGUAGAAGUAUUUUCCAAUGCCUCUUUUGCGGUAGUUUCCAGUCAAUUGGAAAAGGAAGUGACAUCACUAAAGGUACCAAGAGAAGAUAUGUGGAGUUGCUGCAGAAAUCUCCGACUCCUGACAAGAUGUUGCAGAACCUACUGCAGGGGACACUGGAUGCCUUCUAUGUGGGGGAGGAAGGGAGAACUCUGCUCCACUUUGCUGCCAUUCAUUGCUCGGUGGAGAGUGUGAAAGCACUAGUUGCAUUCAGAGGCCCUGACGUUAACCCCAUCAGUGCUGAGGGGACGCCUCUGGAUGUGGCCGGAGUCAACAUACGCGAUGAUCAGAUAAAGAGUCUGCUGCGAAGUGUAGGUGGAGAGAGUUACUUCACACUGGCCAGGAGACAGGAGGCAACAGUCAAACUCCCCAGAUCAGAGGGGUCCAGAAUGUUGGUACUAAACAGCUCAGGGCUAUCUUCCAUUCUCCACAUUGAGACCCUGCAGCAGUUGGAGAGAGUGUCAGGGAGAAAGGUGUUUGAGAUGUUUGAGUGGGUUGUGGCUACUGGACUCUCUGCUCUCUUCACACUCCUCAUGGUCUAUGGUCGCAAGAGCUUGGCUGACGCGAGGCAACUGUACUUCAAACUGCGGCAGAAUGUUCUCCAGCACAAGCCCUGUUCUCAUGCACUCGGCGAAUUCCUCAAGGCCUACCUUGCACCUGAAAUGAAGAUGAACACUGCCAAGGAACCAAAGAUUCUGCUCCCGACAAUGUGCAAGACGGCAACGGGGGAAGUUCAGAUCCACAUCUUCAACAACUGCCUCCAGGACAGAUUCUCUGAAAGUGAAUAAUAAUUAUUACAGGGUACUACCUACUGGUAUUGUAGGUCUGGUUUAGUAGUGCAAUAUUAUCACACGAUUGGAUGUGUAAAUUGAGUAUGUAAAUACGUGUAUAUACCUUGUACAAAUCCAGAGUUUUUGAGUAAUAAAGCCAGCAAGUUGCGGGAUCUGUGGGAACAAAGAUAUGAUUUUUGAAAUAGUCAAGCAGGUCAGGUUUUGCUGAGAAAAGCAUGUCCCAAGCAAGCUGCAUUGAUAAUGUGUAGUCCACCAGUACAAUACAGUAUGUAGAAACUUGUAUGAGAUAUCGUUUUGCAGUGGUGCUGUGUAUUGUUUUCAUGUGUUAGUUCCAGUGUGGAAGGUGGCUCGCUAUCUCUGCUGUCAUUCACCUCAUGUCCCUGAGCUGGACGGCUACCUCUCCCGGCGAGACUCCGCCCACCUCAAUAUCCCCGGUCUCGGACUCCGUAGAGCGAGACAGUUCUACAGAGAGAGAGGAGAGAGGGAGGACAGGAUAGCGAGAGUGGUGCGACUAGAACACGGCCAGUUUGAUAAUCAUCAUCCUCAACUGUUGGAUCCCAUCACUGCUGAGGAAGACAUAAAGGAUGGAACGUGUUUUGUGUUUAACCCAGUUCUACCUUGUCCACUGUUUCUCUCACUGAGUGUCGACGACACAGACGUGGUGGACUGUGUGAUAGAGACCAUGAGGCAACUGUCUAGUAAAGUAGACAACCUUGUCAAAUUUCUCCAAUGAGCAGCAUUUUUUAAUUGAUGAUAUAUGACGAGCUACGAGCGGGCGAACGGGACUAGUGCGCAUGCGCUCUGGUUUGGGUCACGUGCGCGCCCGUCUUACCAGUUUUGCAGGAGCGGCGGGAACAACAACACCGAUAUUUUGUUCACUGGUCACUGCCUCCCGCUCCUGCCGCCACCACGACAUUGCAUUUUGUGAAGACUGGCCGUACAUUGCCUGGACCAUCACCUAAAAGCUGGUCAUCUAUUGCUAGCUAUGCAAUGCUUCUUGAAAAAACGUGCCAAAGGAGACUUUGAGAAGUGGUUCCCUCACCACAAUUGGAUCCUGGUGCUGUCUCUGCAGUUGGUCAUCUGUAGUUUCUGGUCUGCCGUAGCUCCCUCCAUCUACCAGUUUAUCACCACUCCACGGUCACUUCCUGAUGAGCUUGCCCAGAACACCAGCACGAGGACCUGGCCUGGUCUCGGUGGAUCAGACACUGACUAUGCCUGGGCACUCACUUUUCCACCCCUCUGCGAAUUUGCCGUCUUUCCGCUCGCGCUGUGGAUGACACGUCGUGUCCCGUUCACCAUCCCUCUGCUAGUCGGUCUCUCUCUGCUUGUGGUCUCUGGGGCCAUGUAUGCCCUGUCGAAAGACGUGUGGUUCCUCAUCGUCGGUCGUGGUGUAAUGGGCAUGGGUGGUGGACUGAGUAUCCCAGCACUGCACACAUACAUGGGAGAGAUGGGUACCGCGAUGGAUCAAGUCAGAGAGAAGCAGGGGAAAAAGCCUCGAAAAUUCGCCGUCUACAUUGCAUUUUCGUUCAUCAUGAACGGCGGAUGUGUGGUUGCAUUUGUGUUCACUUCGAUUGUUGCACAGUUCCCCAAUGUUAACCCCUAUCACUGGCCAGGGUGGUUAAUGCUAUCUCUAGCCGCCACACAAGGCCUCGCAAUACUUGUCUUGUUCUGGGAGCCUCGGCCAUUCACCACACCCAAAAUCCCUCACUUGAUGAGUCUCUCCUCCUCGAAAUUGUCGUUCAAGCUCACCGGUCGGUGGAAAAGGUUUUUCUCCUAUGUGUUUCUGAUUGGCUGUGGAUACAUCUCGGGGCAGUUUUAUGCGCUGAUAUUCACUCUGGUGACUCUUAUACUGAACGAUCAGUUUGGUUUCACCGUGGAGUACAAUUCCCACUUUCUCAUUGGAGUCUCUGUCACUUUCUGCCUGAGCAGCUUCAUACAGUUGGGAGUGAAGAUGGCAAAGAUGGACAAUAGGAAUGUUCUGGGGUUCCUCCUCUUACUAGCACUCAGUGGAUCUCUUGUUCUGGGAGACUGGCAGUCUCUUGGUCAAGAUCCCUGUUCUAUCACCAACAUCACCACCAUUGAUGACUAUGACUCUUCCGGAGCUUUGCCUACCAGUGAAAGCACAUCUUACAGUGGACAUAAUGCAACAGGGGAGUUCCUCUCUGCGACAGAGGGUUCCGUGAUAACUAGAGAGAUGUGUGAAGCUCUGGGGAGCACCGGACACAGGUGUUUCUGGAACCCACAGUCCAGAGUGACUGGAGUGCCUUGCUACACUUGUUUGCCAGUCUGUUUGAGUCGCGCCAAGUCUCUCUGCUUCUAUCAGUUUUCUCUCGGGGUGUUGCUCAUUUCCAUCGCAACUCCCCUCCUUUUUGUGUUCACUUCUGUCAUAUCGUCUGAUAUGAUGCCAGUAGGAUCACAGGGAACUAUCUUGACUCUUGUUUUAAGCAGUGGUACCGUGAGUAGAGGAGUUAGUCCAUACUGGUUUAUUGAAAGUUACAAGUUGACUGGUAGACACACCUACUUUGCCAUGGCAGUCACUUCUGUCUGUUUGUUGGUCCUGCUACUGUCUCUGGUGGUACUGCACAAGGAUCUGGCUCCUGCCUCUCACAGCCCAGCCAUUGCCAGACACAAACAUGUAGAACAGUUGUCCAAAACCAAUGAUGUUUCAAUGGAUCUUGUGAACUCUCAUCAUGUAGAGUACAAAACAUGACUGAUAGCUUAUGCUGUUUAGUUUACCCAUGUCAUGAAACCCACUGUCACAGUCAUUUCAAAUACUAAUAGCUACAUAUUAUAGUGAUGAUAUUUUUUUCACUGGGCACAA